GCUUAAGAUCGACCAAACCAUCCGAUCAUGGUUAUUUGCUACUUUGUCUCGGGACAUUUUAAUGGAGGUUCAUGAUUUGAAAGUUUCGGCUCGCAUUUGGGAGAGUCUUCAGACCCGAUUUCAGUCAGCCUGUUUGGCCAGGUCAAUGGAACUUAAGCGUUUACUUUCCCACAUUAAGAAGAAAGAAAACCAAACCAUAGAUCAAUAUCUCUUGGAGAUUAAAAUCCUGGCAGACUCCUUGAGUUUGAUUAAUUCACCUGUGAGUAAUAAGGAUUUAAUUGAGUAUGCUAUCAAUGGGCUUGGUCCAGCUUAUGAAUCGUUAAUUACUGCUGUCACAUACUUCCCUGGAGAUGCGACUAUUGAGAGCUUGAGGCCUAUUCUCCUUGCACAAGAACAAAGAAACAUUCUGUUUAGCUCUCAGGAUCCACAGAUCACGCACCAGGCUUUUGCGGCCGCACGUGGGGGACCACCAGUAGAUCGUGGAGGUGCUGCCCGCGGCCAGGGGGGCAGGCUUCAUGGUAACCGCGGUAAUAGGGGAGGCCGAGGUCGCGGACAGCGGGGCCGUGGACGUGGCUAUGGUCAGAAUUUUCAGAAUCAACAAGGCAAUUACGUCCAGAAUUUUCCACCGCCGCAACAGCCUGGUUAUCCUCACGGUCAGCAGCCUUAUGGAGCUCCUCGUGGUCAAUUUCCUUCGGGAAACUCAGGUUUUCCGUCUGUGGAUAAUUCUUAUCAAUCUCAUCCGCCCCCAGUUGUUUGUCAAAUCUGUUUCUCC